AUGGCUCCGGAUACAGAAGACUGUGCCAAGGAGAAACGUUCGAGGGCUUCUCACAGAGGCCAACUGACAAAAUUAUUCACCAGAUUUGACGAAGUGUACGCGACAGGAGACGCAGACGAAGUAUCGAUCGUGUUGGAACUAAUUGACAAUAAAAUCAAACUGCUUGAGACAUUAGACAAGAACAUUCUUACAUUAGUCGAGGAUACAUUGUAUGAAGCCACCAUCGAGGAAGCAGAUGACUACCUCAUUAACGUACGCCACCAAUACGGCAGAUACCUACGGAAACGAAACAAACUCACAACGCAUGAUACGUCAACUGGACCCACCGCUACUACGUCACCAAGUAAGUCACGCUCAUAUCGUCUCCCCAAACUUACGAUCACCAAAUUCAACGGGAAUGUGCUGCUGUGGCAGACAUUCGAAGAUGACUUUAACUCCGCUAUUGGCACGAACGAUACACUCACGCCAAUUGAGAAAUUCCAGUUUCUACGCGCCCAACUUGAGGGCGAGGCAUACUCAACUAUCGCCGGAUUGCCGCUGACUGACGCCAAUUACAGGCAUGCAUUCCAGCUUCUGAAAGAACGCUAUGGUGAAAAACAGAGGAUCAUAAGCGCCUACAUGCAAGCCCUAUGGCAACUUCCGAGGACGUCAUCAGACGUCACUGGCCUACGCUCAUUCAUGGACAAACUCGAAACGUACGUCCGAGGGUUAACAGCCCUUGGAAAGGCCGAAUCAUCGUAUCAGGAACUGUUAGUACCUAUGUUAUUGGACAAGAUUCACAGGGACAUCCGCCAACAGAUUACACGAUCACACGGGAUCGCCGAGUUUACACUUCAGGAAUUACGGGAAACCUUACGAAAGGAAUUACGUGCUAUGGAAGCAGGGGAUUCGAACGUCACACUGGAUUGCAAUACGUUUUCUACUUCGGAUUACGCAAUGCCUUUCUCUAGCGAGACCAACGCCACCGCCGCCUUUCACACUAACGCGAAAAGGAAUACUCAUCAUCGUGGAAGAUUCAGUACCACCCCCGUCGCUAAUAAACCAAAAUGUGCCUGGUGUAAAGGAGAUCAUUAUCAUACCGAGUGUGUUGUCGUUUCGGAUGUAAAUAAGCGAUAUGAUAUUGCGAAACGUGAGAAUAUCUGUUUCAAUUGCCUCGGUGCCCACCGCGUAAACGAAUGUCGCUCAAGGAAGUCUUGCAAAAACUGUCAUAAAAGACACCAUACCGCUCUAUGCUCCGGAACAACCGGUGGAUACAACGAAUCACGCAAAAACACGUCAAUCAAACCCAAGGAAAAAACUCGAAGCGACGAUAUUUCGAAGGGAAAGGGUGAAGAAGCGCACCAGGAGAAAGUAGUUCCCACAGAUCAUCACGCCAAGCUCGCCCACGCCGCCAGGAUGAGCCCAAUCCUGUUGAAAACAGCGAAAGCAGAUGUUUCCAAUCAGCGAGAUCAACAGAUCAACGCAACCAUCCUGUUUGAUGAAGGUGCAACUAGGACGUUCAUCACAAAACACUUAGCGGACAGGAUACAACUCGAGACCGCCCGCCACGAAACCAUAAACCUAGCUGUUUUCGGAAAUGAAUCAUCGCAAUCGCAAACCUUUGAUGUCGUCAAUUUCGCCGUUAUCACACCCAAAGGUCAGGCAAUUGAGCUCUCUGCACUUAUCGUACCCCAGAUUUCAACUCCAUUCCAGAAUCUCAUAACACGUGACCUGUCUAGACUGCCAUACCUCCGUAAUCUGACAUUGGCCCAUCCUCCAUCUGACGAAGCGUCUUUCAACAUCUCGAUUCUGAUUGGUGCCGACCAUUACUGGGACUUAGUCGAGGAUCACGUGGUACGUGGAUCAGGCCCCACAGCCGUCUCAUCCAAAUUAGGAUACCUACUAUCAGGUCCCGCCCUUCCAACCGAUUACAUCAACAAGGUUUCAGCCUUCCAUCUCUUCACGCAACCUGCAGCACCACUUGAUGUUGAUGACUUACCUCGCCUGUGGGACCUGGAUGCUAUUGGUAUCGAAGAUCCAGGCCAGCCACCCGACCCUGACAUCACCAACUUGAAAGAUUUCCAGCAGUACAUCCGGAAAGCUCCAAAUGAACCGGGCUACGUAGCUAAGUUACCUUGGAAGUUAGAUCAUCAACCCUUGCCGACCAAUUAUGCCAAUACAUGUCAACGAACGAGAACAAUGAUUAGGAAGUUGUCAGAUGAAAACAGGGCCAUCUAUCACCGCAUCAUCACGGAUCAGGAUACUCGUAGAUUCAUCGAACGUGUUACUGAAGAUGAUCCAAACGCCGGACAUUACCUCCCUCACAGAUCAGUGAAGAAGGACUCAAUCACUACUCCAAUUAGGAUUGUGUAUGAUUGUAGCGCUAAAGCAAACAAAACCUCGCCCAGUCUCAAUGAUUGUUUACAAAAGGGUCCGCCAUUACUCAACGAUCUAGUUGGAAUGUUGAUCAGAUUCCGCACUCAUGAAACCGCCUUUGUCAGUGACAUUGAGAAAGCCUUUUUAAACAUCACCCUCGAUGAAGGAGACCGCAAUUUCACCAAAUUCCUAUGGUUAGAAGACCCUGACGAUCCUGAAAGCAACUUCAUCGUCUACAGAUUCAGUUCUGUCCUAUUUGGAUCUGUCAGCAGUCCAGCACUAUUGAACGCCGUUGUCCGCACACAUCUGGACCAAUAUCAAACAGAUGUAGCUAAUGAUCUAAAAGAGAACAUUUACGUUGAUAAUGUCGCAUCGGGGACAUUACCCGAGCAAGCUAUUGCCUACUAUGAGGAAGCAAACGAUAUGCUAGACACCGCCGGUUUCACCCUACGAUCUUGGGCAUCCAAUAAUGCCGAACUACGCGCCUUAGCUCGUCGAGACGGACUAUUGCUGAAAGAGGAAACCGUACCCAUCCUUGGCAUGAAAUGGAAUACGACUGAGGACAGUAUCUCCUUCAAACAGUAUCAGAUCAGUACAAAAUCCGCCACGAAACGUGAAAUACUCAAACACGUGUCAAGUGUUUAUGAUCCGUUGGGGUAUUUGGCCCCAGUUCAGAUUCGCGCAAAAAUCCUAUUACAGGAAUUAUGGAAGUGUAAAGUAGAUUGGGACGAGCCACUUCCGUCUUAUCUGCAGACCACCUGGGAUGAUCUUCAACGAGAUUUUGACAUUGCAACAAGGAUUAACAUCCCGCGCCGAUACAUCCCAAACAUGCCAACUGGAGACUGCGAAUUACACUGCUUUGCGGACGCAAGCCUCAGCAGGGGAUAUGGUGCCGCGGUCUACUUGAAAAUCGGGAACAAGACAUCGCUCGUGAUGACCAAGUCACGCGUUGCCCCAACUCGUCCACUCACAAUUCCUCGCAUGGAAUUAAUGGCUGCAGUGUUAGGAACCCGUCUAACAAGCUUCAUCAAACAUCAACUACACUUCAAUGUUACGAAAUGCGUCCUAUGGUCCGAUAGUCAGAUUGUUCUUAGCUGGCUUAAAACUACCAAACAUCUUCCCACCUUCGUCCAGAAUCGCAUUACGGAAGUUAAAGCUGGCUGCUUCAUGAACUUUUCCUAUUGCCCAACACAUCAAAACCCGGCAGACCUGCUCACGCGAGGGAUUUCCGCUACAGCCCUAGCAACAUCGUAUCUCUGGUGGAAUGGACCGGAUUGGUUGGGACAUGGCGAAUGGCCUCUAGCCGCAUUAGCGAACGACACCGUGCUUCUUCAACACGAGGAUGACGAUUUAGAGGAUCCACCCGCCUCAGAUAACGACUCAAAAGACACGCCCAACAUAAUGAGAAUCAUGGAUAUCAAGCGAUUCAGAUCCAUCACGCACCUCACGCGAGUUACCGCCUUAGUACUUAAAUUCACGAAACUCAUGAAGGGAGAUAAGGACAGUCGCGCGCCAAUCAAAGUUAAGGACCUCAUUCAAGCAGAAAACAUCUGGUUGCAAGCCCUUCAAAGUAACAUUUAUCAUCAAGAAAUACAAGCGAUUAAUGGCGUACGAGUCAGAGCUCCCCUAGUUCGACAACUCCGUCUGUUUUUGGACGAUAACGGGAUCCUGAGAGUUGGAGGGAGAUUGCAAAAUGCGCCACUGGAUUACGUAACCAAAUUUCCCGCACUCUUACCACGCGUUCAUGAUUUCACCAGACUCAUCGUUCAGCGCGCCCAUCGCAUCGUGCUUCAUUCGGGCAUACAGGCUACCACCACCAACAUUAGACACUCAUACUGGAUACCGCAAAUACGUAACGUAGUGAAAUCUGUACUUCGCAACUGCGUAAUCUGUAAGAAGCUUACAGGCAAGCCGUUCAGAUCACCGAUAUCUCCACCACUUCAGAGCUUCCGAGUGCAGGACGCUCCGCCUUUCGAGAUAACUGGCAUUGACUUUACCGGUCACCUCUUCGUGAUAACACCUACACAGGAGAAAAAGGUAUAUGUCUGUUUAUUUACCUGCGCCGUCACACGUGGCAUACAUCUGGAGAUUGUCAAUGAUAUGUCUACCAUUUCAUUUCUGAACGCAUUUCGCCGAUUCGCCGCCAGGAGAUCACUUCCGGCUAAAAUCAUUUCGGAUAACGCAACAACAUUUCUCUCAGCCGCGGAGGAAAUUAAGAGACUAGAACAAUAUAUGCAGAAUAACCAUGUGAUAUGGCACUUUAUUCCCAAACGCGCACCCUGGUUCGGGGGUUUCUGGGAACGUUUGAUAGGACUAACCAAACUCUCCCUUAAAAAGGUAUUGGGACGUGCCCGCGUAGAUUUGGAUGAAUUGAACACUAUUACCGCAGAAAUAGAAGCAACACUGAAUGAUAGGCCAAUCACUUAUGUUAGCGACGGGGAACCACUGACACCAGCUCAUCUCAUGCAUGGACGCCUGCUCAGAACCUUACCGGGCCAUCUAGAGGACGAAGAUGCAACCUUCCAAAUACGGGAGAAUACCGGACAACGAAAUCUCGAGAAACGUGCUCAACGUCUCAAUCAAGUAUUCGAACACUUCCGGCAACGGUGGCGCAAUGAGUAUCUUACCGCAAAGGCACUUGCAAAAUGUCAAAUACGCUCCGACUGA